AUGGCAGCCUCUAAUAUUACCUCAACCCAUCCAGCUGCCUUCCUGUUGGUAGGAAUUCCAGGUUUGGAGCACCUGCAUGUCUGGAUCUCCAUUCCUUUCUGCUUCGCCUAUACUUUGGCUCUUCUGGGCAACUGCACCCUUCUCUUCAUUAUUCAAGCUGAUGCAGCCCUCCAUGAGCCCAUGUACUUGUUUUUGGCCAUGCUGGCAGUCAUUGAUCUUGUCCUUUCUUCUACAACACUUCCCAAAAUGCUGGCUAUUUUUUGGUUUAGAGAUCGAGAAAUAAACUUCUAUGCUUGUCUUGUCCAGAUGUUCUUUCUUCACUCCUUCUCCAUCAUGGAGUCGGCGGUGCUGCUGGCCAUGGCCUUUGACCGCUAUGUGGCCAUCUGCAAGCCACUGCACUACAGCACCAUCCUCACCGGGCCACUUAUCACCAAGAUUGGCUUGGCUGCUGUGACUCGGGCUGUGACACUCAUGACUCCACUCCCCUUUCUGCUCAGACGCUUCCACUAUUGCCGAGGUCCAGUGAUUGCCCACUGCUACUGUGAGCACAUGGCGGUGGUAAGGCUGGCCUGUGGGGACACUCGCUUCAACAACAUCUAUGGUAUUGCUCCAAACAACAUCUAUGGCAUCACCGCUGCCACAUUGGGGGUGGGUACUGACUCCAUCUGCAUUGCUAUAUCCUAUGCACUCAUCCUCCGGGCUGUGCUAGGCCUCUCCUCCAAGGAGGUAAGGGCUAAGACCUUUGGCACUUGUGGCUCCCACCUGGGAGUCAUCCUUCUGUUCUAUACACCGGGACUCUUCUCGUUCUACACUCAGCGCUUUGGCCAGCAUGUGCCCCGGCAUAUCCACAUCCUCUUGGCUGACCUCUACCUUGUCAUGCCACCCAUGCUCAAUCCCCUCAUCUAUGGCAUGAAGACCAAGCAGAUCCGGGAUGGGGCCCUCCGACUGCUGAAGCGGAGUGUUGUCCGGUCAUAA